AACGCGCAUCGUGCAUGCGCAUACGGCAGCAUUGAUACGAGACGAUCUGAUUCGAUUUUCAAUGUGGAAAAGGGAACAAACACAGGCUUUCAUCGAAUUGGUUAGAAAAUGCACACGUCCACCAAAAAAUGCAAUAUUGUAGAGCAUGUCGCUAAAAUUACUGUGGCGUUUUGAUCGGCGAUAGUAGCUUUGGUUUUGACUUGGGAUAUUCCCAUAACAUAUUUUUUACGUUUAAAUGUUGAACCCAUGAACUCUGUGACCCCAAGAAUAAUGGAAUAUUGAAGAUUGUAGUGGAGAAGUCUAGUCCUAAGAAAUUAAUCAAGACACUAGGUUAUUUUUUAUUAAAUUGAGCGCAGAAUAACAAUAACAGCUAUUGGAAAUAGUGUCAUAGACUGUUUUAGGAUAGAGUGUACAAAAAAAAGCCUACAGUUCGUGUCAUGUGUGCAAUUCAUUUAUUGCGCACAGACAAUAGCUUACAAUCGCAUUUAUUUAUCCACACAUCAACACUGUAUGCCAACUGCAGAAAGAAAAUGUGCCUGAAAAAGUUUAAUAACAAAAUGUAUCUAAUUGUCAUCACCGAAAUCCACGUUGAAAUGUUCCUCUGUCUUGCUGCUGCUGCCAGGCUGUGGUCACUGCACUAUUGAGCACAGCAUCAUCGCGCGCUCAGACACACGCGGGCAUCCUACGAGCUGGAGUUCCGAGAGCACUCUGGCCCGUUCGUUUUGUCUCCUUAUGAUAUCUUAUCGUUGUCUUUUGUUUAGUUUUUACACGGAAAGAAAAUCAUUCUGUGGUUGAUGGUUUCGGUUGCCUGCCGCAAAAUUGGAGUACUUUUGGGUUGGAAUGUUUUACGCAUGAAGUCAGCUGGAUGUGUUCCGAAUGUCGGACCUCAUGCCCCGAUGUUUUCAAUGGAUUUGAAUAGAUUGGAAUAAAAGCACGAAGUUUUUUUUCUAAACGUUCUAUCAAUUCCAUUGUAACAAGGCAUCGCACGGAUAGAUACGAAAUGAUCUUCGUCACUCUUUAUGUCGUUCUGCCUCUUUUAGAUGUUUUGUAUGCCCAGGAGAAUGCUCUUUCUGGUCCCAACCGCCUCGAUUGUGUCAAGGCGAGUGAGCAGUGUAUGAAGGAGCAAGGAUGCAGUACCAAGUAUCGGACAAUGAGACAGUGCGUUGCUGGAGGGAAGGAGAGAAACUUUAGCAUGGUGGCUGGACUGGAGGCGCAGGACGAAUGUCGGAGUGCCAUAGACGCAGUCAAGCAGAGCCCCCUGUACAACUGCAGGUGUAAAAGGGGCAUGAAGAAAGAGAAGAACUGCCUUCGCAUCUAUUGGGGAAUCUAUCAGACUUUGCAAGGGAACGAUUUCCUGGAGGACUCCCCUUACGAGACCAUGAAUAGCCGGCUGUCUGACAUGUUCCGACUGGCCCCCAUUAUUUCAGAGGAAGGGGUCAGCAGCAACCCCUGGAGCGGCCCCGUCACCGUGCCCACAGGGAGGGGGCCCCAGGGCAGGGGCCGAGCAGUGAAGGACCCCAGUAGAAACAGGAGAGCUCAUCCCAAUUGGGCAAUUCUGGGCGAGCCCGCGGUGACGAGGGAAAACAACUGUCUGAACGCAGCCAAGGCCUGCAACCUGAACGACACCUGUAAGAAGUACCGCUCAGCCUACAUCAGCCCCUGCACCAGCCGUGUCUCCACUGCGGAGGUCUGCAACAAGCGCAAGUGCCACAAGGCCCUGCGGCAGUUCUUUGACAAGGUGCCACCCAAGCACAGCUACGGGAUGCUGUUCUGUUCCUGUCCAGCCGGCGAUCAGUCGGCCUGCUCCGAGCGCCGGCGCCAAACCAUUGUACCAGUCUGUUCCUAUGAGGACAAGGAAAAGCCCAACUGUCUCUCCUUGCAGGCCUCUUGCAAGACCAACUACAUCUGCAGGUCCCGUCUGGCUGAUUUCUUUGCCAACUGCCAGUCUGAGCCACGCUCUCUCUCUGGCUGUCUUAAGGAGAACUACGCUGACUGCCUGCUCUCCUACUCUGGCCUUAUCGGUACAGUGAUGACACCCAACUACCUGCGUUCUCCUAAGAUCAGUGUUGUUCCCUACUGUGACUGCAGCAGCAGUGGCAAUGGCAAGGAGGAGUGUGACAAGUUCACAGAGUUCUUCACAGACAACACCUGCCUCCGCAAAGCCAUCCACGCGUUUGGGAACGGGACAGACGUGGGAGUGUGGCAGCCCAUGCCUCCGGUGCAGACCACCACCUCCACCACCACUCCUUCCCAGAAGGCUAAGGACCGCUCCCCCAACUCACUGGAUGCUGCCACAAACACCAACCAUCUCAACACAGGAGAUGAGUCCCUCUACCACUUCUGUGGCAGCUUGCAGGCACAGAAACUGAAGUCUAACAUCUCAAUUGAUGGGGUGCUUUGCGUGGACCCACAGAUUGACGACCCCGGUAUAUCCAACUCCAUCUCCAGGAAUUCAGCCGGGCUGCCGUCAUCUCAGGCACACCUAUACUCACUGCUGCUCCUGCUGGCCGUGCUGCUACACUGCACCCUGGCAGCGCUCGACCCCGCAGCAGUCUUGUAGCCAUGCUGCAUUUCAAAAACAUGGACAGACUCAAUUUGUAUAAAGAAGAAAUGAUAUUCUCUGUUCCCAGUACACCUGUUGUAUUUUUCUUUCCCUUCUCUCUGAUUCCUUUUUUAAUUCUAGUUUGAAGAAGCAUUACGUUGAAGUGUGCUAAAGUGAUCUCAGUGUAACUCAGUUUUGCUCUGUUUUCUCUCGUUUUUGUUUAUGAAGGGAAAAGCUUCUAUGUCGGUCACUGGGCGAUCAUGAGAAUGCAUUGCUACAUUCAAAUACACAAUGGCUGGUGGCUUUUGGGCAGUUCCUGGUACGAGUCCGUCACAUGGGAUCUAUUGUAUUAAUAAUGGUAUUGUCAUUAAGCAGGCGCUUUUAUCCAAGUGAGUUUGUGUGUUGAGGCUGAGGCAAAAAUUCCCCAUCACUUUGAUCGCAAUGGUUUACAUGAGGUAGGCAGCUUUUUCAAUAUAUCUCUUCUGUGGUGUGCGUGUGUGUUUUGAUAUGGUGUCUGCCAUCCUUUCACAUUUGAGAAGAAAGAAUUUGAAGAUGUGGAUGGAGCUAUGUUGGCACAGAGCUCAGACAGUAUAGAUGGCUAGACCACAAAAUCUUGGCUUUAGAACCUGGCUAAAGAACCCCAUAUUCUGUUGGGUGCCACGUUUGUGUCACCAACUCAGCCUGCUGCAGCAAAACACACAUAUUAAAAGCUCACGUUGACAUUGUAGCUCAGGCUCAUACACGCAUGCAAAAAGCACACGCGCAAAGACCAGUACACACAUACAGUACACACUCACACCCACAUGUAAAGGCUCCCUAAAAUGUACAUGGAGCUAUUUGAUUGAAGGGUUGGGUGAUAUGGUGAUUGUACAUGGUGGAAUUGGACAUUGUUUUGGUCUUUCAAAGUAGUUUGACAUAUUUUCUCUAUACUGGAUGAAAGGGAGGAAUGGAUGUAGUGUUUCUGGUCGACACAUUCCUACCUGAAUGAGUAUGUGAGCGCUGGACUCUUGACUGCUCUUGUAAGCAUCGUAAAGAGCUGUGGAGCUCUUGGCAACAGCCGUACAGAUGAUGACUUUAAGAAUUGUAUCAGCUCACGAGAGAUUGAUUCUCAUGAUCAAAGCUUUGUUGUGUUACACACACUGUAAUUACACACAAUCAUUCAAUAGGCUAGCAUACAUCUGCUCAAUGUGUUGUCAUAUUGCCUUCCCAAUAAAACGAUCAAUCUUAUUGGAGCGAAGGCUUAUAAAUAACGAUUGGCAUCUGAGUCCCUGAGUCCAGCUGACGCAGAACAUGUAUGUAUAUUGUAGCAUUUUGUAUGUCUCCUGAGAAUCGCUGAGAAAGUAUCAAACUUGUAACAUAAUCAUAUUUAACUCUCAAAUGAAAUGUGCAAAUAAAAAGAUACAUUUGAAGUAAUAAUUUGCUCAUGUGGACCACCCAACACACAGUCACCUCACACUUACAUGUGGCAUGUGCAGCAAAUUACUUUAGCCUUCGGACAUUUUAAAGCAUUUAUGACAUGCUGCUUGGGUUUGUGUGGCUUUUCAAAACAUAAUAUAUAUUACAUGUUAUUUACUGGGCAUUAAAAUUAUAUAUGUAUGUACUUGAUUGAAACAGUAAUUGGACUAGGAAUGUCUGAUUGUAAUCUUCUAUUCAGGAGCACCGUGAGCAAUCGGAUCAGAUUCAGAUUCCCUAUAAAAUACAUCAAAUUAAACAAUAGCAUUUUUGUUUAACAGCAAGCAAUAUAUUUGCCACAAUACGUAUAAAGUAACUCAUGUAAAUUAAGAUAUAAAUGUAGCUCUCCUAUUGUUUUUCCUGAGCAAACAAAUAUUCAACCAAUUUUAUCAGAUUCAGAUUCCCUGUAAAAUACAUCAAAUUAAACAAUAGCAUUUUUGUUUUACAACAAGCUACGUACUUGCCCACAAACAUAUGAAGGAACUAAUGUAAAUGAAGAUAUCAAUGUAGCUCUCCUAUUGUAUUUCCUGAGCAAACAAAUAUUCUACCACAGUUACAUUUAUGCUGUUGCCUAAAUAUAUUGUUUUUUUGGUAAAUACCCUGUUAUUUUUCUGUCUUCUACUAUUUUGGCCUUAAUUUAUUAAACUGCUACAACCUGCACAAGUAAGGAGCAUAUAGGACCGUACACAGAGGUUAAAGUUCAUAAUAUCGCAUGGUUUAUAGGAAAUGCAAUAAAGUAUAUAGACUAUCAUUUGAUCUAUGGGAUCCGAGGCAGCUGGGUGGUUUAACACAUUGGUAUCUGCAGUUAGAUUGCUGAUAUUUCACAGAGACAGAGGAUGAAUGUGUUGGAAUCUGUGUGG